AUGUCUGACGUUGCAGAUAAAGUUAAGGACUUGUCCUUUAAAGACAAGAAGAAGAAACCUGCUAACUCAUUAUAUUUAGACCCACAACCUGCAUUUAUUGAAGAAAGAAUCAAGUUAUUUGAAGAAUUGAAAGCUCAGUAUGACGAGGAAAUUAGCAAUAAGGAAAAGACGCCAAUUAAAAUCACCUUAAGGGAUGGUACCGUCAAGGAAGGUACUGCUUUUGAGACUUCUCCCAUGGAUAUUGCCAACUCUAUAGGUAAAUCCUUUGCUGAAAGACAAGUUAUUGCCAAAGUCGACGGUAAGUUAUGGGAUAUGCCUCGUCCAUUAGAGGGAGACGUCAAAUUGGAAUUUUUGGAUUUUGAGCAUCCCGAAGGUAAGGCUGUGUUCUGGCACUCGUCGGCCCAUAUUUUAGGUGAAGCAUGUGAAUGCCAUUAUGGGUGUCACUUAUCGCAUGGUCCGCCAACUGAAGAUGGGUUUUUCUACGAUAUGUCGAUCAACAAUGGUGAAACAUUUGUUACUCAGGGGGAUUUUGGUAACUUGGAACAAGUAGCCACCAAGGCUAUAAAGGAAAAGCAAAAGUUUGAAAGGUUGGAAAUGACCAAGGAACAAUUGUUGAAAAUGUUUCAUUACAACAAGUACAAGGUCAAGUUUAUUAGCGACAAGAUCCCUGACGGCACGUCUACUACUGUGUACAGAUGUGGUCCGUUGAUUGAUUUGUGUGUUGGUCCCCACAUCCCCCACUCAGGAAGAAUCAAGGCAUUUAAGGUGUUGAAGAAUUCUUCGUCGUACUUUUUGGGCGAUGCCAGCAAUGACUCGUUGCAGAGAGUCUAUGGUAUCUCUUUUCCAGAUAAGAAGUUGAUGACUGAGCACUUGAAGUUUUUAGCCGAGGCUGCUGAGAGAGACCACAGAAAGAUUGGUAGAGAACAGGAAUUGUUUAUUUUCAAUGAAAUGUCACCUGGUUCGGCCAUGUGGUUGCCCCAUGGUGCUAGAAUUUACAACACUUUGGUUGAUACUUUGAGGACAGAGUACAGAAAGAGAGGCUAUGAAGAGGUUAUCACGCCAAACAUGUACUCGACCAAGCUCUGGGAGACUUCUGGUCACUGGCAAAACUAUAAGGAAAACAUGUUUUCGUUUGAAGUUGAAAAGGAGACUUUUGGGUUAAAGCCAAUGAACUGUCCUGGUCACUGUAUUUUGUUUAAGUCGAGAGAAAGAUCGUACCGUGAAUUGCCAUGGCGUGUUGCUGAUUUUGGUGUUAUUCACAGAAACGAGUUUUCUGGUGCGUUGUCGGGAUUGACAAGAGUCCGUCGUUUCCAACAAGAUGAUGCUCAUAUUUUCUGUACCACUGACCAAAUCGGGACGGAAAUUGCUGGUGUUUUUGACUUUUUGAAGAAAAUGUAUGGUAUUUUUGGAUUUGAGUUCAAGAUGGAGUUGUCUACCAGACCAGAAAAGUAUGUUGGGGACUUGGAGACAUGGAACUCAGCAGAAAAGAAGUUGGAGCAAGCGUUGAAUGAUUUCUUGGGUGAAGGCAAGUGGGAGUUAAAUCCUGGUGAUGGUGCGUUCUACGGACCCAAGAUCGAUAUUAUGAUCAGUGAUGCGUUAAAGAGAUGGUUCCAAUGCGCCACUAUCCAAUUGGAUUUCCAGUUGCCACAACGUUUUGAGUUGGAGUACAAGUCCGACAAAGGUCCCAACACGCGUCCAGUUAUGAUCCACCGAGCCAUUUUGGGGUCAGUUGAGAGAAUGACAGCUAUUUUGACUGAGCACUACAAGGGUAAAUGGCCAUUCUGGUUGUCUCCAAGACAGGUUUUGAUUGUUCCGGUUGGGCCCAAGUACUAUGAUUAUGCACAGAAGCUUCAAAAGAAGUUGAAUGACGAUUACUUUUUCUACUGUGAUGUUGAUGUUAGUGGGAACACCUUACCCAAGAAGAUUAGAACUGGGCAGUUGUACAAGUACAACUUUAUCUUUAUUGUUGGUGAAGACGAGGAAAACAGCGAGAGUGUUAAUGUCAGAAACAGAGACAUUCCAGAAGAGCAAGGAAAGAAUGCUAUGGUCAAGUUUGAUGACGUUGUGAAGCAAAUGGUUGCCUUGAGAGAGUCUAAGAGAAGCGACAAUAAAUUACAAUAG